UUAAACACUGUCCUCCUCCAGGUAGGGGAGCAAGUGGCAGAAACCAGGAUUAAUCACACCACAUUAUAGGUCCUUUAUAAGAAUUAGGAGGAAACGGAGUGGGAUAUUUUCUUUUUUUUUUUCCAUUUAAAGUCUAAAGGAGGAGGGAACUGUUCUGCUUCAUUUGACUGAACCUUUUUUCCCCGACUUUGGCACAAAGGAGGAUCUGUGCGCCCGGCUGCAGGUAGAUAACUGCGCGCAGUGAGGAGGAAGCUGCCAAUAAUAGAAGGAUCAACCUGCUCCAUGCCCCCAACUUCCACCAUCCUGAUCAAAACAGCUCUUAAAAGGAGGCGCUGAAUUCUCCCAGUGAGAGGUGGAAGAGGUGAAAUGGACCCAAGCUGAUGCCCGGUUAGCCCAAUCCGCCCUCAGUUGGCCCUGCAGAGAUGGCAGCAUUUCCUGAGGUGCUGCCUUUACCUGAAGCCGUGGUUGGGAGCGUUUUACUGCUGGUGCUGAGCAGUAAUCCAGUGUGGGGAAAUUCCACAGCUCCAACAACUUUUACCACUGUUAAUAAUGAUACGGCUCAAGGACCAAACAUUGCAGCCAUCGUGGCCCCGACAGUUACCCUGGGAGUUCUUGCCAUCGUUCUGGCUAUUCUCGGCUGGCUGUUCUUUGUGGUGAAGAAGAAAAGACAGACUGAAGGGACGUAUCGACCGAGCGCCGAGGAACAGUCUGGCACUCGCAGCGUGGCUGCACCAGAUGCCUUAAAGCUACCAAAGGAGGAAAGACUCAUUUGAGAUUUGUGCGAAAUACCAAAAAGGACAAAAAGCUGCAAACACUUCCAUCUUUAGACUGAUAAGCUGAGGAAUAACUCCUGGUACGAGAUAGGACGGGGAGUGAGUGAUGCAUGACGCAUGAACGUAUUGCUUCCUUAUUUUUAACAAGCCUUAAAUUGUUCCUGCCCAGCACACCACACAGGAGCGCUGGAUAUUUUAGAAUGGGAAUACAGGGCAAUUAUAUAUUUCAAUCAACUCUGAAUGUUAAAAAGCACACUUCAAACUGCAGUAUUUUAUAGGCACUAACAAAUGUAGUUUAGAUAUGUUUUCUAUAUUUGUUUUAGUAGUUAAUUCAAAAUGUAGCCUUUAGUCCACUUGAUUAAGCCCAUAUGAAAUCACUUGUUUAAAUGUGCUGGUCUCUAACUUCAAACUCAUUUUUUUGAGUUUUUUAAAUUUGAUUUAAUUUUAAUGAAUACAACCAAAAAUAAUUUCAUUUUAACAUGAAACCUCUAGCUUUGACUUUCUCAAAGCAUAAGCAGAAAGCUAUGAGAUGUUUACAUUUUCAAGUAUUCUCUGAGCAAUCAUUAUUUAAAGUGGCAUGCUUUAAACCUCAGAUCAAUUCAUUGUAAUCGAGCAGACAUGUUCUACAGUGCCUUUGCAUGUUUAUUUAUACUUUUACCAAUUAAAUAGUGAGAUAUUUGUACGUUUUAUUUGUGUUAUUAAUCAUUUAAUCAAAUAUUGCCUUAAAGAUGAUGAAAAUGUGGCUAAUUAUUAGCUGAAGUUCUGUUUCCUUUGGAUUAAUUAAAAAACAAAUCAAAAGGAGCGGUUUUUAUUGCCCUACUCACAUGCAGGAUGACAGAAUAAGAACCAUAUCGAUGUACUUGCACAAAAAGUCUCAAAACACUCAAAUAGCUGUGCAGAUAGGCCUUAUCUGUAACCAGAAUGUGAAAAGUGGACAAAAAGAGACAUUGUUAGCUUAUCUUAUGAGAAACCAGCAGAAAGAAAGUCCUGUUCCCGUCUGCCAGUCAGUGUCCUAAUUCAUAAAAAACAGACAGACUGAACUGUUGUGUUUCUGGGAUUCAGUUUACACCACAGACCUCUGUGACGGAAUGAUGAUUCAGUCGGAUGAAUGAAUCGACUCAGAUAACUCCAAAUAAACGUGAUACCGCUAUCUUGUCAUCAAAACACAAUGC